UGUUCGUUAUAGAGGUCGCUCGUAUCUCUUACAACUUAUAUGUUCAUUGUUGCCCUAUUCAUUGUCUUAUUAUCAUUGUGUAUUUGCUGCCGUGAUCAUCGUUAUGUUAUCAGUUUCGUAAGUGAACCAAUAUGUACUAAUAAAGUAUUAUUAUGCAGUGCUGUGAAUCAUUACCAUUGUUUUCGUUAUGGCGGCGUCACCGGCGUCGCCAUCAUAGUUAAUUUUUGAGUCGAUCAGUGUCAUCAGAGGAAAAGAGUCAUAUGAAUAAGAAAAUCAAGAAAUUUUGUGAUUAUUCUAGUAUGAAAUCCAUUUUAGCCUAUGAAGUGUGAAUGUACUGUCAAUAUUGCUUGCAUAAGACAGGCAACUACGUACAGUGAAAUUUUAGUUGAGUUAAAUGUAUGUUACUCUCUGUAGGAAGUACCGUACAUUUUCGAAAAAUUGUUCAUUUUACAAAAAUGCCAAAAAAUCGAUUGGUUACUCGUUCAGUAACGAACAGUCGACCACCUCAUAUGACUUUAAAUUUGGAGUGUACAGAAGAACCUCUUAGUGAAGCUCAAUUAAUGUUACGAUUGGAACUCAAAGAAAAUUAUGAUAGAGUUGCUGCUACUUUAGAAGAAUUGGUUAAAGAUCAUGGAGGUAAAUUGGUAUGCCAAGCAGGCAAUGUCAACGGUUAUCAAUAUACAUUGCCUUCAAAUCCUGCACAAACAACGGUUAAAAAUAAUCCUCAACCUAUUGUGAAUGUAAAUCAAAAUAAGAGUCAAUCUAUUAAGUUGAAUGUAUUAAAUAAUGCAAAUGGAUCUCAGGGUAAUAUACAACUUGUUGUGGAUUCACGAAUGGGAGUUAUUCUUGGAUCUGUAGCUCAAGCUCAAGGAACGACUAUAACAAAUGUUUCAUCAAGUUCAGUAUCCACAUCAGCAUUGACACCAGGAUCAACAUCCACAUCUACAACUUCAUCUAUAUCUUCUGUUACACAUUCUCAAACAGAAAAUUAUAAAUAUACUCGUUCAGGACGCAGAACAAAAGUGCUCCAAGUACAACAAUCUGAUAUAAUAGAGGAACCUACACUAGUCUCUCGAGGAAGACAAAAAUUGGGUUGUUCGACGCAUGUUGUUACACCAACUACAACCAGCCCACAAGGUGUCACUAAUCUUAGAAUAAAAACAGUAAGUAAACAACAGAUUACACCAACGGUGUCUUCAACAUCAGCAACUAUAAAUGCGACUACAGGAACGACAACGCCAACAGUAACGGCAACAGCAACAACAAGACUGACAAUUACAAAGCCAACUGAGCAUACAAGUAUCGGUGGAAUAUCAGUCGGAAGUAAAAAUGCAGCUUGCGAUCAAAUUGAUGAAUCGAAGAAAAAUCUUCCAGAUGGAAGAGAAGUAACUUUUAAUAAAGUAAAUGGAGGCAGAAUUCCUUCAUUGGUUGUUGUAGCUAAACCAAAUCUUCGUACAAAGGAUAUCGCGCCACAAGUAGCUCAAAAAGAAAGAUCGGAAUUAGAUAUAAAAGUGAAGAGCGUACUUAUGUUCUCAGCUACAAAAUUUGCUGAAUGGUUGAUACAGCAAGGGUUAGUAAAAUCCGAACAAUAUUGUACACAACAUAGUAAUAAUUAUCAAAGGAAAUUAGGAAUGUAUAAAUUAAAAUUAGGAAUGUAUAGUGAUCAAGGUACAUUUCCAUAUUCGGGAGGAUAUGUUUGGAUCUCAAGUUGUUGUCCAGAACGUUUUGUUUCCGUUUUUUCCGGCUCAAUUUUUGAAGGUGCUACAUAUACACCUACCGUUCUUCUAAAAUUAAUUUACCAUUGGGCAUGUCAAACAAAUGUUCAAAAUGUUGUUUCUUGGGUAAAAGUAUCUAAUGUAUAUGUGAAAAAUUUUUAUACCCAUUUACGUAGUGUUUGUACUGCUGCAGUUUGGGAUAAAACUCGAAAAAUGGGAGGUAAAAAUUCCGUGAUACAAGUUGGUGUAAUUAGUUUAGGUACAACAUCACAAGAUGGAAAUUUAAGGCAAGUGAAAGUCGAAGUGCUUGGUGUAUUGGAUUAUGCUACACUUGAUUUAAGAUUAAGAGCAUGCGAUCCAGUGCAAGAUGGUGAUAGAUCAUAUAAACGACGCUUUAAUAAUAUUUUACAUCCAUUGAAAGAGUGGGUACAUACUGAUUCAAAAAUUAUGACUGAUUUCACCGUUGAUAAAAGCACACUUGAAGAAAUGGGUUUUAAUCAUGUAACACAAUCAGCAUUUUCUGAUCAAAGUCCUCGAAAUUUUAUGAGCAACUAUCACAUUAUGGAAUAUUUAAGAAAAAUUGUUCCAAGAAUGUUUCAAAAUACUCUUAGUUUGCUUAGUAGACAAAUGAUACAACAAUUUUUAGAUGAAUUAGUAUGGAGAGAAAUAUAUGGAUCAACUGCUGCUCGAGCAUUUGACAACAUUAUCGGACACAUUGCGGAACAAACUAGAAUUGAUUCAAAUGAAAGUCUUCUAGAUCGUUUAACUAAAAUAGCUGCUAAUCCUUUUCAUAAUUGGUCUUAUUCAACUGCAAAUCCACCACCAUUAACACCACUUAUGACAAUAAGCAAAGAAGAAAUUCAUUCGGGCUGCGAAGUUUUAAUUUCAACUAGUAGCAACAUUAUACAACAACAAGAGACAUUACCUUCUAUUCAAAUAACAAAAUCCGGUUCGAAAAGAGGACGAAAAAGAAAUCUAGCAACAGCAAUUAGCCCAGAGCCUGAUCUAAAAAAAAGUUUUGAUUCAAAAGGUACUAGAGAAAAAGAUAAGGAAUGCAAAAACGACCAAAUACAAUUGCAAGAAUUUUACUAUGCUACAAUGGAGGGUGAAAAAACACUUCUUUUAAAAGAAUAUAAAUCGUCUUUAUACUUUAAAUGCUUUCUUUGUCCUACAAUGAUGCGUUCAAAUACAGAUGUAAUGGAACAUACUAUUGGUCAUGUGCCACCACAAGUACCAGGACAAUCAAAUUCUCCGGUUUGUAGGUAUUGUUGUACAGCAUUUUCUUCUCAACAUCAGAUGAUCACGCACGUUACAGAAGCACAUAGUAGCUUUGGUCAUUCUGAUAGCGACAUGGUUGUUUGCGCCAUUUGUGAACAAAAAUUUGGAAACAGUGGCCUUCUUAUAAAUCACUUAUCGUCGAUGCAUUGUCCUUCGGAAAUGCCCUAUCGAUGUGAAAGCUGUGGUUAUCGUACUUCGAGUCAUAAGGAUGUUAUUGAUCAUUUUUAUCGAGUUCAUGAGAAAGGUGAAGGAUUACAGUGUCCUUAUUGUUUGAAAGUAAUAGGUUUUGUAAGAAAUGGUAAUCCUAAUGUUACCAGCGUUCAUGCAUUUUUAUUACAUAUGCAAAGGCAUGUUAUCAGAAAGGAACAAGGACGAGGAAAUAAAUGUUCAAGAUGUUGUUUAUGGUUUAAUCAAAAAAGUUCAUUAAAAAUUCAUCAAAGAGAAUUGCAUGAUUCUGUAUCUGGUACAAAGGUUAUUCCAUAUUCAAAUGGUAAUAAUGGAAUUAUGAUUUCAAAACAAAGAUUUCAAAGUAGACGAUAUGAAAUUGAUAGUCCCAUACCGGAAUUACCAUGUGAUGAAAAAAUCAAAAAAUGGAUUACUGGUCCAGUUAUAGUAAAUGUUCCAUUUGAUGAACAUCUAUCUUGUCAAGAAUGUGAGGAAGACAUAGAUGAACAAGAUCAUUAUCCAGGUGAACAAAAAUGUCAAUUAUGUUGCUAUGUAACUUGUUGUUGGCGUGCAUUUAAGGAACACCAACAACAAAUUCAUAAUGAACGACCAAUGACAAGUUUGGUAGUUCCUUCUCCUCUUAUUAAUAUUCCAUUAGAUAAAAAAAUGCAAUGUUCGUGUGGUUAUGCAACAAUUGAUGGAAAUCAAUUAGCAACACAUUUAAUUAGAUGUAAAAAAAUUUCUGCCUAUCCAAUGGAAGAUACUGCACCGUCCGGAAUGUUAAACAGUUUGGGUUUAGUUCCAAAAAAUAAUUCAGAUGAAAUAGAUAUCGAUGUUAAAAGGACUAAUUUACGUUAAAGUACAAUAAAGUGGAAUACAAAUUUUUAAAUACGUCGAAUAUCGUAAAUAAUAAAUAAAUCAUUUAAAGAAUGAUUUAAAAUAUUGAAAGAAAAAUAAGUUACACAAUGUGUAUAGUAUGGAUCACAAGUAUAGUGAGGUGAUAGUAGAAAAUUAUAAAUGAUUUGAUUUUCGAAAAAAUAAACAUAAGAACUUGAAUACUUUAUACAUUUGAAUUGUGUUCAAGUUCCUUCUCAAUAUUUUUCAAUAGUCGAAACAUUUAUAUUUAAUUUUUCAUUUUCUUACUGUAACUUUACUAUAUUCGUAGUUAUGUACUACAUAUACUUGUAAUAGAAUAACUUACUUGGGUAAGAAUAUUACAAAUAUAAUAUAAAACAUAAUAAAAUGGAAGUAAACCACAUAAAUUGAAUCGAUUAUAUGUAUCAUAUAUCGAUAAUUUAUUUUCAUUUUUAUUUCCGAAAUUCAUAUUUUGUUAUUUUUAUUAGAGAAACAGGAAUAAUAAUAGAUAAAAUUUUCAUUGUUAUCAAUUAAAUAUUUAUAGUGAAAAUCUUUUUAAUAAAUGAAAUUUAAAUACUUUAUACAUACUAUACAAUCUAUUUCUUAGUUUGAAAAUAUUAUCAUAAUGAUUAAACAUUUUUUAUUGAAUUAUGUUUUACAAUAUCAUUAUUACGUUUAUAUUGCUGAGUUGUACCUUUAUGAAAUAAUAAUAAAUUGUUGUUGUAUAGAAAGUAUAUAUAUAUGUAUUGUACUUCCAGUUUAAAAAAAUGUGUUUAAACAAUUAUGUGUACAUAUGAAGAUUUAUUCUUUCUUUAAUUCUUUUAUAUAGAAUAAAGUACAAAUUUAUUUUUUAAUUUUUUAUUUAUCAAGGGUGUUUUUUUCCAUAUGAUAGGAAUGAAUAAUUUUUUUAAUUCCAAUAAUGAAUGUAGCAUACAUAUAUCUUUAUGUAAUCAACUGUAUAAUUACAGUAUACAAUAAUAACUAAUGAAACACAAAA